AGCAUUUAUUGCUGUAAUUAAUUUGUGUCAAAAUUAUUAUAAAUAUAACUUAAACAGAAGAUCAUUAUUCGCGCUGUCGGCGUUCGCAGCUCAUUUGAUUCCACGUAAGCGCGCACAAGCCACCACCAGUACGACAAAAAUGUAUACAUUGCUCAGGAGCUGUGUAGAAAACAACGAAAGAAAAAUUGAAAAAUUGCAAGUGCUCCACAAAGCAGAAGAUUUGAAUUUGCUACGCGAACUCUACCGUGCGGAUUGGCCCAGUCAGGCGUUGGGCUACUACACUUUGGACAACUUCAUCAGAUGGCAGGAGCAUGUCAAGCAGCCUCAGAAAGUAUGGAUCUACACGCUAGACGAUGAAGGGUUUCGAAAAAAUGGCUUAUAUUUAAUUGUGGAUUGCUUCCAGCUCUUCGUGAAUAUAUUGCCAGUAAAGAAUGCACAUUUGUUAUUGCGAAAGGCAUUGAAAAUGCUAAACUGGUCAGAGGGCUAUAAAAUCACUGCCAUACCCGAUAUUUACCAUGAGACAGUAAGCGCAGUUCUUCUUGAACUGAAGCUGGCAUGGGAGAGCAUACGUCUGAAUAUCUACCAUUUGCCACGCGACCAAGCGCUGACAGCGGAUGUGAACUGUCCGCCUGGUUUUCAGAUGCGGCCUCUCCAUAAUGCAGAUGCAGCGUUAAUCAACGAUUUAUGGCAUGCCAACAAUGCUGGUACAUUGGAAAUAAUAACACGUCUCAUUGCCUAUAACAACAACGUUGGUGUUUAUGUUGAAAAAACCGGUGAAUUGGUUGCUUGGUGCAUUAGAUGCCAAAGUGGUUUCCUAGGUAUGUUACAUGUGAAGCACACUUUUAGGCGCUUUGGCUUAGCUUCAUUGCUUUGCCUUGCUCUGACGCGAGAGGUAGCUUUGCGCAAUGAAGAUGUACGUGCCAUGAUCCAUGAAUACAAUGAACCAUCGAAGAGGCUGUGCAAGAAGUUAGGCUUUCAGCAAGUAGGCGUGACAUAUAUAAUACACGCCUACUAUCGGGCUAAUGGGGCUGCCUGGUUAGUGAAUUCUAGUGCAUAUAAAAGCAAAUUGUGA